UCUCUCUCUCACACACACACACACACUCCACGACAGAUUAAGUGUAUCCGUGUACAUUAUCAGUGUGUGAUCAGCUGGAGAUUAUCUUUCCCCGAGAGCGUCGCGUCACGCUCAGAAGUGUUAGUGAAGCGCUGCAGUCUCUGGGGCUCGUUCCCCGGAGAAGCGCUCGGAUCUCAUCAGGUCAGUCUCCGAUGGGCCGAUAACGGAGCGCUUUGAUUGUGAGGUUUGCUGCGAGCGCUUUCAUAAUCCUCUCUGAGCUCUGUCUUACUCUGCUCUCUGUCUCCGGGCAGCUGUGCACCGAGCUGAACGCAUACAUGCUGGCGGACAUGGCUCACAUCAGCGGACUGGUGGCAGGCAAAGCCAUCCCCUCGCCGUUCACACACGCCGACCUCGUCACCACAACCACACACAAAUCACUGCGAGGAUCCAGGGCGGGGCUUAUCUUCUACCGGAAGGGCGUGCGCUCGCUGGAUAAGAAGGGCAAAGAGGUCAUGUAUGACCUGGAGGAGAAGGUCAACUUCUCUGUGUUCCCUUCGCUUCAAGGCGGUCCUCACAAUCACGCCAUCGCCGGCGUCGCUGUGGCUCUCAAACAGGCCACAACGCCCAUGUUUCGUGAAUACAUCGCUCAGGUUCUGAAGAACUCGAAGGCCAUGGCUGAGGCACUGCUGAAUAAGGGCUACACGCUGGUCUCUGGAGGAACCGAUAAUCAUCUGGUUCUGGUGGAUCUGAGGCCUCAGGGGAUGGACGGAGCGCGGGCCGAGCGUGUUCUGGAGCUGCUGUCCAUCACAGCCAACAAGAACACCUGCCCUGGAGACAAGAGCGCACUGACCCCCGGCGGCCUGAGACUCGGAUCCCCUGCUCUCACGUCUCGUCAGUUCAAGGAGGCUGACUUCCAGCAGGUGGUGGAUUUCUUCGAUCAGGGCAUCAAGAUCGCUCUGGACGUCAAGAAGAAGACCAAAAAGCUGUCAGAUUUCAAGAGUUUCCUGCUGGAGGACUCGGAGACGGCGUCUCGUAUCGCUGAUCUGCGUCGCCGCGUUGAAGCUUUCGCUCGUCCCUUCCCCAUGCCUGGAUUCACCGACCAUUAAAGCAGAAGAUCAACCAUUACACCUUUUCUUUUUAAGUUUAGCUUUAUGAUCAAUCACUACUUUAUUAAUCAUUUACUGGAACUAAAAGUCUUAAAACGACCACCUGUCAAAAGUUUGGGAUAAGAACGAUUUUUAAUGUUUUACAGAAGUCUCAUAUUUAUUUGAUGAAAAAUCCAGUGAAAAAUGAAUAUUGUGAAAUAUUAUUACAAUGUUUCUAUUUU